AUGAAAACCAUUCUGAAAUCUCAUGGGUUGUGGGAUCUUGUUGAAAAUGGUUUCGAUUCUUCAGAUCCAAAGAAGGAGAAGAAGAAGAUAGAAGAGAGUGAGGUUGCUGAAGUGGAGAAGCUUACGAUGGCUGAAAUUCUGAUGAAGGAUGCUCGCGCACUUAGACUGUUCGAUAUAAUGAAUCAAAUGAAGAGUUAUGGUGAAGAUCUGUCUAGGGAAAAAGUUGUGCAAAAAUUGUUGAUUAGUUUGCCUAGAUCAUAUGACCCUAUUUGCUCUAUGAUUGAACACUCUAAGGACCUUGAAACUCUCGAGGUUCAAAAGGUAGUUGCUUUUUUAAAAAGCUUUGAGCUCAGAUUAGAUAGACAUGCUAAAGACUCCACAGAAAGGGCUUUUGCUAGUCUAAACGUUGGAGGGAAGCCUAAAUGCACAGGUUGUGGGAAGUUUGGGCAUGUGCUCAGAGACUGCAAUGGAAAUAAAACUAUACAGAAGGUGAACUAUGCAAACCAGGUUGAAGAAACUAGUGAUGAAAGGUUACUAGUUAACAUUCAAAGGAACCUGACUUCCAAGGUGAAGAUGGGAACUGGAGAAAUUGUUCAUGUUGCAGGAAAAGGAACUCUUGUGAUGGAGACCAAAUUGGGAAUGAAGCACAUUCAAGAAGUGAUGCUUGUUCCUGGACUUAAAGAGAAUUUUCUUAGUGUUGGACAGAUGGUGGAUCACGGGUACUAUCUGAUGUUUGGAGGAAAUGUAGUAAACAUCUUCGAUGGUUGGUCACUGAACAAUCUUGUUAUUAGAGUUCAGAUGACAAACAACAGGUUCUUUCCUCUUACAAUAAUGCCUGCAAAUCAGUUGGCCUUGAAGGCAAAUGUGACACACUACCUGUAG